AUUUUUAUCUGUUUAGAAAACUUUAGCAGCCAGCCAGGCGGGCGGCCACCUAUUGUAUUAUGCUUCUUACCAUGAGCAAGCUCGUUGAUUUGGUAUAAACAGGUAGCUCAAGGAACCAAAUCUGGAACCCUCUUUCCCUCUCCCUCUCGAUCUUCCAGGUAAAAUAAAUAUUCAGUCUUCGUCAAGUUGAAAGAUUAUUGUUUUGAAGGAACUCGCAAGACGGAAAUGGGAAUUCCAUCGGGAAUGAGGGAUUUUUGGGUGCACAGCAGAAACAAUUCAUUGCUGAUCGCGUCUCCCUCUGAGAAAGACUUGAGAGCUCAGCAAGCCGCUCAAGAUAGUGCUGUUGCAGGAGCCAAGGCAGCUUCCCUCGCUGCUGUUGUAGCUGCAGUGCCAACUUUGGUUGCAGUUCGUGUGAUUCCUUGGGCAAAGGCCAACAUUAACCACACUGGGCAAGCACUUAUUGUAUCUGCAGCCUCAAUUGCUGCUUUCUUCAUCGCUGCCGAUAAAAACAUACUGCAGACUGCAAAAACAAAAACUGAGACGAAGUUAAAAGAAGCAGCUUGAUGUUCGAGAACUAAUGCUACCCAACUUUUUUCCUGCGGUAAUCAGGUGAAGAAAAUUAUUUUGUACAACAGGUAUAUUCUAAUGUUAUAUUUUUUUUUUCCAAAAAGAUUGUUAGUGUGCUUCAUAAAAUGGGGAAUAUUCUAGUAAUUUCUUUUUAAUAAGUGGAAGAACUUUUAUCUCCC